AUGAGAAUAACAACUUCGGAAGAUCCUCGUCAACCCGCACGUCAGCACAUGCUGAGUUUUAUUUCGGAAGAAAAUUUAAGAUUUAUACCAGACUUUUCGAAUUUAUCCGCUGAAAGGAUACCUCAUCAAAACACAAACUCUCAACGAAAUAAUAGCUUAACAAAAAUUCGUCAAAAUUUGUCAGCCUAUUUUUUAAAUUUUCGGCAAAAAAUAUCAAGGACGCUGCAAGGUGAAAAUGGCCUUUGUCCAGAUUGUAAUCAAAUAAAUACGUAUGAAGAUUGGUGUCAAACUUACAAUGCUAAAAGAUUUCAACAAAACUUUUCAAGUUGGACAAGUUGA